AUGGCCGCGGACCAUGUGUCCCACCUGGAAAACGUCUCUGAGGAGGAGAUCAACCGGCUGCUGGGCAUGGUGGUGGACGUGGAGAACCUCUUCAUGUCGGUGCACAAGGAGGAGGACACGGACACCAAGCAGGUGUAUUUCUACCUGUUCAAGCUCCUGCGGAAGUGCAUCCUGCAGAUGAGCCAGCCUGUGGUCGAGGGGUCCCUGGGGAGCCCCCCCUUCGAGAAGCCAAACAUUGAGCAGGGAGUCCUGAACUUCGUGCAGUACAAGUUCAGCCACUUGCCACCCAAGGAGCGACAGACCAUGUACGAGCUCUCCAAGAUGUUCCUGCUCUGCCUCAACUACUGGAAGCUGGAGACGCCGUCCCAGUUCCGGCAGCGCUCCCAGAACGACGAUGUGGCCACCUACAAGGUCAACUACACGAGGUGGCUGUGCUACUGCCACGUCCCGCAGAGCUGCGACAGCCUCCCCCGCUACGAGACCACCCAUGUCUUUGGGCGCAGCCUCCUCAAGUCCAUCUUCACGGUCACCCGUCGGCAGCUGCUGGAGAAAUUCCGGGUGGAGAAGGACAAGCUGGUGCCGGAGAAGCGGACACUCAUCCUCACCCACUUCCCCAAGUUCCUGUCCAUGCUGGAGGAGGAGAUCUACGGCGAGAACUCUCCCAUCUGGGAGGCCGAUUUCACCGUGCCAGCCGCAGAGGGUGCCCAGUUGGUGUCUCGUCCAGCCGCCGUCAGCACCGUGGCUGUGCCCACCACCCCGCUCUUCAGCAAGAAGCUCAGCAACAGCAGCUCUGCCGCCAGCAUGGACGCCAGCACCCCCGAGCCCCUGCCAGGGGAGAAGCGGAAACUGCCCGAGAGCCUGACGCUGGAGGAUGCCAAGCGGAUCCGCGUCAUGGGAGACAUCCCCAUGGAGCUGGUGAACGAGGUCAUGCUGACCAUCACGGACCCCGCUGCCAUGCUGGGCCCUGAGACCAGCCUGCUGUCGGCCAACGCGGCGCGGGAUGAGACGGCCCGGCUGGAGGAGCGACGCGGCAUCAUCGAGUUCCACGUCAUCGGCAACUCCCUCUCGCAGAAGUCCAACAAGAAGAUCCUGAUGUGGCUGGUGGGGCUGCAGAACGUCUUCUCCCACCAGCUGCCCCGCAUGCCCAAGGAGUACAUCACUCGCCUCGUCUUCGACCCGAAGCACAAGACCCUGGCACUGAUCAAGGAUGGCCGAGUGAUUGGGGGCAUCUGCUUCCGCAUGUUCCCCACCCAGGGCUUCACGGAGAUCGUCUUCUGUGCCGUCACGUCCAACGAGCAAGUGAAGGGCUACGGGACGCACCUGAUGAACCACCUGAAGGAGUACCACAUCAAGCACAACAUCCUCUACUUCCUCACCUACGCGGAUGAGUAUGCCAUCGGCUACUUCAAGAAGCAGGGCUUUUCCAAGGACAUCAAGGUCCCCAAGAGCCGCUACCUGGGCUACAUCAAGGACUACGAGGGGGCGACGCUGAUGGAGUGUGAGCUGAACCCCCGCAUCCCCUACACUGAGCUCUCCCACAUCAUCAAGAAGCAGAAGGAGAUCAUCAAGAAGCUGAUUGAGCGGAAGCAGGCCCAGAUCCGCAAGGUCUACCCCGGCCUGACCUGCUUCAAGGAGGGUGUGCGGCAGAUCCCCAUCGAGAGCGUCCCCGGCAUCCGAGAAACAGGGUGGAAGCCGCUGGGGAAGGAGAAGGGAAAAGAGCUGAAGGACCCGGACCAGCUCUACAACACCCUGAAGAACCUCCUGGCCCAGAUCAAGACCCACCCCAGCGCGUGGCCCUUCAUGGAGCCGGUGAAGAAGUCGGAGGCGCCAGAUUAUUAUGAAAUCAUCCGCUUCCCUAUCGACCUGAAGACCAUGACCGAGCGCCUGAAGAACCGCUACUACGUCACCAAGAAGCUCUUCAUCGCCGACCUGCAGCGCAUCAUCACCAACUGCCGCGAGUACAACCCCCCCGACAGCGACUACUGCAAGUGUGCCAACACCCUGGAGAAGUUCUUCUACUUCAAGCUCAAGGAGGGGGGGCUCAUCGACAAGUAGGGGAGCUGGCCUGCCCCCCCUUGUCCACUGUCCCCCCCCUACCCCCUCAGGAGGGACAAGGGCUGCCCCGUGGGACUUGGCCCCCCUCCGUGGGUGGUGGUCGCUGGAGGGUUGUUUGCUGCUGAGCAGCUUGGGGGGAACUGAGCCUUCCCUCUGGGGGGGGGUGAGGGGAGCAGGGGGUGCCUGGUGCUUUUACCCCCGAGCUGCCUCUCCUGGGGGGUGUGAGCAGUGGGGCUGGAGCUGCCUCACGGGGCUCUGCCCGGGGCUGGGGUCCCUGCCUUGUCCUGGGGGCUGGGAGCCCCCCCCUGGCACCAGCACUUCCCUCCUCCCCAGGGCUGUGCCUUCUGCCCCGGCUCCGUGACAGGGCAGGGGCACACAAGUGCUUUGGUUUUCUGCUUCCGUCCACGCACGGGCAGCCCCUGCCCCUCUUCUUGAAUGUACGGUGGGGCUCAGCCCUGCCUGCCCCCGGGCUGCUCGUAGCCCAGGGUCCUGCUGUGGGGUGGGGGGGGUGCUCUGCCCCUGCACCCCUCAGCUCCUGCUGCCUCUCUCGGCUCUUUCCACCCCCAUCCUGGGGGGACAGAUCUGUCCCCAGCCCUCCCUCUGUCCCGGGGGGUCCUGGCCAUGCUCCCUGCCCCUCACCUGGGGGGGGGGCAAUGAGGGCUGGGCUGCCCUGACUGCUUCUCCAGCUCCUGGGGUGGGGGGGGUGCCCGUUCCCCUGCUCUCCCCCAGCCUGUGGGGUCGGUUCCUGCUUCUCUCCCCCCUCCUUGCACCUCCCAGGCCCUGUUUUCGCCCCCCCCCCAGCACCUCCUUGGGGGUGCUGGGCUGGUGAGUGCCUGACCCCAGCACUGACUUGUCCCCCCCCCUCACUUGGUCGCCUGCUCCUUGCCCCCCCGUGUUGCCAUCGCUGU